CAGUGUUGGUCUGGGACCCGUGCUCCGGGGCAGGUCGGAAGGCACCAGGGAGGAGGUCUGAGAGGACAGGGAGCCCGAGAUCGUGGGUCCGAGCUGGAGCACGUGUGAGUGUGAUAGCUCAGGUGAGGGUGGUGGAACCAGAGUUUGAGCUGGGUUCCAGAUCCACGCUGGAGAAUCUGGGGUGCAGUGAACAGCAGGGGAGCGUGGGCAGGAACCGGCGCCUAGGGGCCCUACGCUGGGAGAUGCGGGUGCAUCUGGGCGCUCUGGCGGGCGCGGCGGCACUGAGCGGGGCGCUCAGUUUUGUGCUGCUGGCUGCCGCCAUCGGAACGGACUUCUGGUACAUCAUCGACACCGAGAGGCUGGAGAGGAACAGCCACGGAGCGCAGGACCGGGGACGCGCCAACCGCAGCCAGCUGGAGCCUCUGAGCUCCCACUCGGGGCUCUGGCGGACUUGCCGGUUCCAGAGCUCCUGCACGCCGCUGAUGAACCCCUUCUGGCAGGAGAAUGUGACCGUCAGCGACUCGAGCAGACAGCUUCUCACUAUGCAUGGGACAUUUGUGAUCUUGUUGCCACUUAGCCUGAUUGUGAUGGUGUUUGGGGGAAUGGCCGGAUUCCUGAGCUUCCUCCUCCGAGCCCACCUCCUCCUGCUGCUCACGGGGACCUUAUUUCUCUUUGGAGCCACGGUGACCCUCGCUGGAAUUAGCAUCUACAUAGCAUACUCAGCUGCCGCCUUCCGAGAGGCAGCUUGCCUCCUGGAGGAGAGGGCCCUGCUGGACCAGGUGGACAUCCGCUUUGGCUGGUCCCUGGCCCUCGGCUGGAUUAGCUUUGUCUCUGAGCUGCUCACAGGGGUGGCCUUCCUGGCAGCUUCGCGAGUGCUCAGCCUGAGACAGAGGCAGAACCAGGCUAUCUGAGUUUGGCCAGCCCAGGAGGCCCGGAGUUUUUUGGGCUCAUCUCCGUGAAUGGCAGGCUUUUCUUCCUCAAACGCCCUUCACAGAGGCCAGAGGGGCUCUUCACAGAGGCCAGCGGGCCCGUGGUGCCCACGGUGGGUGAGCCCCGCCUGACUGUUGUCCUUGUGCUAUCUGGAAUGCUCACUCUGCUGUGUUGUGUGCAUGUGUGUGUGUCUGGUGGACUGCAAGAGAAGAGUGGGCGUGGAACCCAUAUCACCAGAAAUAAACGCCAAUCCUAACCACCUGGGAGCUUUGCGGC